UUUUUCCUUCUUUUCCCUUUUCUUCCCUUCCCUCCCCUUCCCUUCUCUUCUCCUCUUCCCUUCCCUCCGCAUAAAUAGACUCUCGAGCCUCUCCGGAUCUCGGAUUACGAGAGAAACAGGUCCGCCAAAGUUACACGCUUCCUACCUAUAUAUAUAUAUGUGUGUGUAUACAGUGUGUGUGAUCGUUUAUCAGUGAACACGGAGAUCUCGUUUCCCGUUGUAACACACGGAUAUAUACAUGCGGCGAGUGGUGAAACAACAACAAGGUUUCGUGAAAGUUAGUCGAGUGUUAUGCCCGUGAUAAAGGGCGCGUCAGAGGCGAGGCAGAGGAACGAGAAAUUUCGACCGGCGGCGACGACACGUCGCUGUUGACCGCUCCAUGCCCGGCGAGGAGAGGAGGAGAAGAAGGGGCGAGUGAUCGAGCGAGGCAAAAGAGGGAGGAAAAGCGAAGCAGGUGAACCAUCGGGUUCGCGCCACGCCCGUGGGAAUCCCGGAUUAAUGCACGCGGCGAAUAAUCGCAGCAUGGAGGACAUAGUGGCGGUGGGCAGCACGAGCACGCCAAGCACAAACACGGUUCAUCCGGGCGUGAACGACAUGGACUGGUUCGCCGGUGUGGCCGAGGAGGAAUUGCUGUACUACACGGGCGUCGGGAACGACGUCGACUCUCUUUGGGCUGUGAUCGGUAGCUUCGUGCCACCGCCGCCCAGGCCGCCUUAUUUACCGGAGGAGGGUGUUACCACCGACGGACUCACCACCUGUGACCUGUGCUCGUGGGCGUGGAGAAACGACAGGCAUUCCUUCUCCCUCGACGGCACCCUCGAAGCUCCAGGAGAACUUGGAUGGGUGCUUACUCUGGUGAUAGUGUCCUUAGUGUCGGCGGGUAUCGGCGCUGUGGUCAUGGUGACGCUUCUCCAUUGUCGAAGAUUGAAAAGCGCCGGUGGCAGAGCGAAUUGUUGCAACGUCGGCGUGGACGAUACGAACGCUCAAGAAGCCGGUGGCCCGGGUAACGGAGGAGGAGCUGGAGGUGGAGUGGCGGUUAUACCCGAUCGGCCGCCUCUCGAACUCGACAAGCUGCCACCUUAUCACGAUGUCGCUCCCAGUCCUGGGCACAAUGUAUGGUCGUGGUUAGGCUCGCGACGCGGCGGCGGUACACCGGGAGUCGUGACGACGCCUCUGUCGCUUCCGCAACACAGACGAGCGAUGAAUCUCCCCGUGGAGAACCACUACACCCACAUGCAAACCGACGAGGCCCUAUACGCAGAACUGGACUCUCAGGCCGCGAGCUACGCGAGCGAUCUUCAGCUGCAAAUGAGAGGAAGCUCGACGUACGGUACGACUUCCGGCGGCCAGGACGACGAGUACCACGAGCUCGACGCCGCGAGGUUACAUCGUCAUUACGGCGGUAGCAACGGGGACGGAUCUCUGCAGAGGGACACGCUUCGUACGCGUCACAGUAAAAGGUUACAAGAACCGGAUUACGAGAUGUACGAGAACGGGCCGUCGACGCCGGUCCCGCCUGGUCAGAUGCAGCACCACCACCACCACCACCAUCACCACCACCAUCACAAUCACCAUCAUCAUCAUCCUCAGGAUGUACGGGUGGGCAGCAGGAACGGGGACCACCCCUCGUACCAAAACACCGCGUACACAGGAAGCGACGCGGAACCGGAUGGGCCGACGUUGAGCAGCGCGCCGAGCAGCGCCUACUACAGCGACCUGAGCUCGAAUUCGGCGAAUCAACAGAUGCCACCGGCGGCCGCCCCCUCCGGAACCGGCACGAAUCUCCACCUGAGCCAGCAGCAAGGGGGCCUGGAAACGCCUCAGUAUCGGUUGGCGGCGAUAAACGAGACCUCGGUACCCUCCGACUAUAUUUAGAAUCAAAUUUUUCUCCUCACCGCGAGAAAAUAAUUAGAGGCGUUUAUCUUUCUUUUCCUUCGAGAAGUCGAGAAAAAGAAGGAGAAGAAAAAGACUGAACGCGUUGCUUCCCAACACGACAAUCCCAACGACUCGGGACAUUACAAGAGCUAUUAUAGGAGAUAUUAGAUCGCGAGAGGUUAGGUUUGGUGGGGAACGUGGAAAGGGUGCCAUAAGAAAAACACUUUCGAUGUCUUUGAAAUUGGUUGGCGGACGCGACGAAAUGAAGAAGAAAACAAGGAGGAGAGAGAGAGAGAGAGAGAGAGAGUAGGAAAUCGAUUGGAACGUUUCUGAUAAAAAGAAGAAGGAAGGAAAUUUUUAUACGAAUAAUGAAGUUGGAGAUUUUUAAAAAUGUAUUUCGUAUAGGGUGUGGAUAUACGUGUGAAUAUUUAACGAGAUAAAUAACGGUCACCGAAUCCUUUAAAUACAAGGUAUCCUUGCGUCAGGUUCGAUCCUCGUUUAUCUUCGAUCCUCGUCCGACGGUGGAAUUAAUUCGUUUCACCCGAUUCGGCAGGACUCGUUUAAUCGACGCCGUCGUGUCCUCUUAAUUACCUUCCCCUCGGACAGCCUCGAUUGUUUCUCGGACAGAACACGAACGAAGGUGGAGAGACGUUCCCUGCGUUUUACGUCUUUCGUUUGUAUCUCACCCACCUUGUCGCAAUCCUUGCCGCGUACACCUUCCUACCUUCUUUAAGUCCCACGUAAUAAAAUCUCCGAUUUCGAUUUGCCACGAAACUUUAAACUCAAAUUCAUAAUUCGUCGAUAAUAAUAAGCUAGAAAGAGGAGGAGGAAAAAUUUGAUCCAUUCUAUAGACUCUCAAAAAAUUCGAAAGAAUUGUAGAAAAAGAUCCAGUGUAACUUCGAACUUGAAUAACUUUGAUCCACUGUGGACUCUCAAAAAAAUUCGAAAGAAUUAUAACUGUUAUUACAAAUUUUCGAACUUUCCUUGAAUAACUUUGAUCCACUAUGGACUCUCAAAAAAUUCGAAAGAAUUAUAACUGUUAUUACAAAUUUUCGAACUUUCCCCGAAUAACUUUGAUCCACUAUGGACUCUCAAAAAAAUUCUAAUCCAUUGUAACUGUUAUUACAAAUUUUCGAACUUUCCUUGAAUAACUUUGAUCCACUAUGGACUCUCAAAAAAUUCGAAAGAAUUAUAACUGUUAUUCAGUGUAACUUCGAACUUUCCCUGGAUAACUUUGACACUCCACUGUGGACUCUCAAAAAAUUCGAAAGAAUUCUAGAAAAAGAGUCGUAACCGUUAUUAAAUUUUCAAAUAUUACCAACUACUCUCCCUACAACUCUCCUUAUUAUUUAAAACACGUAUCGUAAAUAGAUAUCGAAUCGAGUAAUGAAAUUUUGUGGUUCGACUUAAACUCUGGUUUAAUCCCGGAUAAAUCGACCCGAUAAAUUACGCGUGCCCGUAAAUUAGCGGGGCCAGUUGGGCGCGACAAAGAAUGGCAACGCUUCGUUGAACGGCCGAAAAAUCGUUGGCGGCUCUCCUCUUUAACGCACACACGCGCGCGCAGCAGGGGAACGCGGAUCCGCGCAACAACAGAUGCAACGAUGCAACUUGCAAUAAUUAAUUGCGCCCCCGCGGUCACAAUGGCGAUAUGGGAGGGGGGGCGAGAGGGGCAGGGUGGCUGGCGCGCAUUAUUCCGCCAGGGAAAAAAAUCCCACGAACGAGGCGCGCUGUCCGAUCGCCGGUUUCUUAUCGUUCGGCCGUGUUACGCGAACGAGAAACGGAUAUUAUGGAAUUCGUUUGGUGCCCACGCUUAAUUAAGGCGCCGCUUUCUUCCCCGGCAAAAGGAUCUUCCGCAUUUCGCGUUUUCGCAUUCGCCAGGAAAUUUAUAUUCUCGUUACACGCCUCCACUGUUGUACCACUUUCGUUUUAAUUGUUUGAAAUUGCCUGGAUGAGUACGUUUUUUCUUUUUACUUUAGUCGAAAGCGUCUAAAGUGUGUUUGCACGUAGCAUUCUUCAAAAUAGUAACUUUUAAACGUCAAUGAAACGCAAGAGAAAGAGAAAAGAAUGAUAAGAAAAUGCAAAGUUUCCACUCGGCGAAAUCGAAACUGUUCGAGGAAACAGUUUAUCAUUUCGUGAUGAUAAAAAGAGAAAAAAGUUGGGCCGAAAUUUCUGGAUCGAACUUGGCCGGUGGAGCGACGAGAAAAAGGUGGCGGAGCGCGCACCAUCUUCGAGCCCUGCUACGGGAUAUGUAAAUUAUACAUGUAAAUAUAGCGAGGCAACCGAGCCGAGAAAGAUCGAGCGGUGAGAUAUUGAGAUACGUGUUGGCUACCCGCACACUCUCGCCUCUUCCUUUCGUCGAUUUUAUGCGAUCGAACGCUCCUGGUUAAAAGUCAUCGGAUAUUUGUUGACUUUAAAGCGCGAUAAAUUUCUCCAUCUAUAUAUAUAACAGCCGUCCCUUCACUUUUCCCACAGGAUUAAUGGUUUAAAUUUGUAAAUUUGUUUCUAUCUUAAUUGUAAAUCGUAUUUAAUUGCGUAUUUUCGUAUUUAUAUCGUAUUAAAAUUAUAAGAUUUCCACACAAAUAAGCGUGAACGUUGCAAUCCUGACGUUCAUUCGUAUGGUGUCCGGUGACUUAUGGACGGGAGUCGUACGUGUCUAUGCCCGAAUACCUUUGUCGUCGCCACCGAAAAAUGUCCUUGUCCCCGCGUGCGCGCAUACCGGCUAAUUCCUAUGCAUUUUUCGCAUUACGUGGUGAAAUCGCGGCAGCGUUCCUCGCUGCCCGAGCAGAGUUCCCACAAUGGAAAAAUGUUAAGUGGAAUGAAACCCUUCUGCCCGGUUAAAUUGUUCAUCGAAUGGUUUCGUCGUCGUAUCGCGUGUCGUUUCGUUUGAAAAUUUAUCCGAUGUGGAUACCGCGAGGAAUUUCGAGACGAUGGAUUUCACUCUUCUUUCUUUAGUCGCGAGACAGAUUAAUGGAAUUGGCCGAUCAAGAAUUUGUACAAACUUGGACAAAUUCGUACCUUUUAACAUUUUGACGCUUUGUACUGAUGCUUGAGAGACUCGGGAAGAAAGUUGUAAGUAAAACAAAUGUCUCUGAUUUGAAAGAAUCUGAUUUUAAAAAUAUGGAUAAAUUGAAAAAGUAUUAAAACAGGAGAUAGAGAGAUAAUAUUAAAAAAUUGCAUAAAUGAAACUUGUUUGUCGUGUUUAUCUUGGAAGAAGAAUCUCGCAUCACUUUCCUAUCGAGCCUCUCAUUCAUAGAUGUGAAAGUUAUCGAUAUAAUUUAUGCGAUGUCCCAUACGAAUACAGAGCGGCGCAAAAAUCGUGAUCAAACUCGUAAAGAUUUGUUUCCGAUCGAUUAAAAUCAAUUGCGUCGUUACGAAACGACAGAAAAUACAACAGGAAAUACACGUGAGAUAAUUUAACGUAGAAGAGUUGAGAGAAUGGAAAGAGCGUGAUGGUAAUCAACAUCCCAAUGAUAUAUUAAGAUUUUAUUGCAUCAACGUUCCUGACAGAAACGCACGAUUUCUAUUUUUGUGAUGUGAUGUUUCUUGCCACUAAUUUUGUAACUAUACGAAGAUUAAUGUAAUAUAAAUCUAGCCGAUUCUAGAAAGAUGUAAUGUAUAAAAAUUCACUUGAUGCGUGAAAUUGUAAAGAGAAAAGAGAGUUUGCUUAUAUUGUGUAAUUAAUGUUAAUUAAUAGAUAUGAAACGGUGCUAAGAAAUGAAUUGUCAUACCUGUAAUUGGAUAUUUUGUAAUUUAUAUAUUGUUGUUCUUUAACAAAAUAUUUAGAAAAGACGUUGAAAUCGACGUUCGUUGUUAUUUACGCGUGCAAAAAUAUUGAUGAACGUAAAUAAGAAAAAAAAAAGAUUUCCACUAUUUUUUGACAAUUCUACAAUGCAACAAAGUAUUAAGUUUAGAACAACUACGAAACACAAGUUGUAUAUAACAUUGUAAAUUGUAAAGAAAUUAUUUUAUUUUCAUAUGUAUAAUCGUGAAACGCUUGUGUACACGAAUGGAUAUUCUGUGCGCAAUUAAGUCAAUUAUUGUGACCAAUUUUUAAAGGCAUUGCACUUUUUGUACGUAAGAAAAUGUACAGUGAAUAAAGACAAAUUUCAUAUCUA